GCAGGGCGGCGGGGCGGCGGGGCUGAGGCUCGGCGGGCCGGCCGGGGUGCGGACGGCGCCGCCAUGAACGCGGCGGUGGUGAAGCGGACGCAGGAGGCUCUGGGGAGGGUGAUUCGGAGGCCGCCGCUGACGGAGAAGCUGCUGAGCAAGCCCCCGUUCCGCUACCUGCACGACAUCAUCACUGAGGUGAUUCGGAUGACUGGCUUCAUGAAGGGCCUGUACACAGAUGCCGAGAUGAAGUCAGAUAAUGUGAAGGAUAAAGACGCAAAAAUUAGCUUCCUUCAGAAGGCCAUAGACGUGGUGGUGAUGGUCACGGGAGAGCCAUUGUCGGCGAAGCCAGCCCGGAUCGUGGCGGGGCACGAGCCUGAGAGAACAAACGAGCUGCUCCAGAGAAUUGGAAAGUGCUGCCUCAGCAAGCUGUCCAGCGAUGAUGCGGUGAAGAGAGUGCUAGCUGGAGAGAAGGACGUGAAGGGAAGGGCCUCACUGACGUCGAAACCUCAAGAACCGGACAACAGGAAUAUGAGAGAAGAGGAGCCCAGGGUUCCUAAAGAUGAAGAGGGUAGAAGAAAUUCUGAAAUAAAUGAGGGAAGUACAAGCAGAGAUCGCAAACAAAAUGAAGAAUUGAAAGAAGAAAGCAAACAGAGGGAAAAAGAAAGGGACAAGGAGAAGACCAAGGAGAAUGACCGUGAUCGACAUAAAGACUCUGAGAGAGACAAGGGCCGCGAAGGGGAGAGAGAGAGGACCAGAACCAGGGCCAGGCCUGACAGGGACAGAGACAGAGGCAACAGGGACCGGGACAAGGAUUUGGACCGUGCGCGCGAGAGGAAAAACGAGGGAGGAAAAGAAAAGGAGCGGUGGAAAGACAGGGAGAAGGAGCGUGAACGCGACAAGGGCAGGGACAGGGAUAGGGACAGGCGGAGGGUGAAAAACGGGGAGCAUGCCCGGGACCCUGUCAAGGAAAAGAGCCGAGAGCAUGAUAAACCGGAGAAGAAGUCAUCAAGCUCCGGGGAGGUGUCUAAAAAGUUGUCAGAUGGAUCUUUUAAAGACUCCAAAGCUGAAACAGAGCCACAAGACGGGAGGAGCGCACAGCGUGGGCUGCAGGCCGGAGGGCCCUGUUCAGCUUGUCGUAGGAGCGAUGAUUUGAGUGGCUUACUGCCUGGACACACAGCUGGGGUGUGCAAUCCUCCGGUCUCCUGUGUGGACCCCUGGGCUUCCUUAAAGCUUCAUUUGACUGAGGUUUCCAGUAGAGCAUCCAGGUCAAUGGCAACAAAGACAUCAAAACGGCGAUCUAAAACCUCCAUGGAAGGACCGACAGAAGCUAAUACUAACUCAGCUAGUGUUUCAGAUGGUAACUCAUCUAAUCUGUGGAGAGACAACCCUGAGCCAGAACCAGCAGUGAAGCAGAAAGGUGAUUCCCCUGGUGUUUCAGAAGGAGAAGUGGGACCCAUCAGCCAGGAGAAGUCAGAGGUGCCCGAGAACCCUGAGGUCCCCCCUGAGCUCCCGUCCGGCGCCAGAAGAAUUCCUCGGCCUGGGAGUGCCAGGCCAGCGCCUCCCCGAGUGAAACGACAAGACAGUUCGGAGGUGUUAACAGCGGACAGGACAGGAAGUGGUCAAACCGUCUCCAAUGUGAUUGUCGACCUGCAGAACUCUGAGAACGACGAGGACGACCAGUUCGUGGUGGAGGCUGCGCCCCCGCUCUCUGAGGUCUCAGAACUCGAAGUGGUACACGCAGUGGAAUUGGAGGAAGAUGAGAAGCACGGAGGACUCGUCAAAAAGAUUCUGGAGACAAAGAAGGAUUAUGAGAAGCUGCAGCUGUCACCCAAACCUGGAGAGAAGGAGAGGUCCCUUGCCUUGGAGUCAGCAUGGAAGAAGGAGAAGGACAUCGUUUCCAAGGAGAUAGAGAAGCUUCGCCUGUCCAUCCAGACACUGUGCAAGAGUGCGCUGCCCCUGGGCAAAAUCAUGGACUACCUCCAGGAGGACGCUGACGCCAUGCAAAACGAGCUGCAGCUGUGGCAUCAUGAGAACCAGGAGCAUGCUGAGGCCCUGCAGAAGGAGCAGAGUAUCACGGACAGUGCCGUGGAACCCUUGAAGGUGGAGCUGGCGGAGCUGGAGCAGCUGAUUAAAGACCAGCAGGACAAGAUCUGUGCCGUGAAGGCCAACAUCCUGAAGAACGAGGAGAAAAUUCAGAAAAUGGUGUACAGUAUCAAUCUGAGUUCAAGAAGGUGAAAGCUAAAAAAUUUCAAAGAUUUGAAGUCAUCCUCAGUUUGAAAAUAAAAAGGCAGAUAGAACAUCAUUUCUCUUUAACUCAAUUUGCAAAAAAAAAAAAAAAGAACAAUUUAUAAUGUUAUCCAACUAAUUUUCAGAGCUUUCAAAACAGUAGGCACAUUCAGUGUAUAACAAGACCAUGUUUUCUACCUUCCUCGGGCUAGACUGCUCAUUAGUUAUAAACAGCUCUUCCAAACACCUGUGUGGGGAUUGCUUUGCAGGCAUGUUCUGUCCGCAGCAGCCUGUGGAGGUUAGUUCUGUACUGAAGUUCUCUGGCAGGAGUGCUGUUGGCGAACAGUGGUCAUAGAUUUCAGUUUUCAGGUUUUGUGAGGACUUCUGCAGGUCAGACACUGGAGGAAGGAUGACUAUACUUUUUGAGGCACUUUAUAAAUAGAAUGAGGCCUGAACAUGAACGGAUUAUAUUUUUAAUCCAUUUGCACUUGAAAAGGGUUAAUUCAGCCUAUAUUUUUAUAAGGAUGCAGGUGAACUCUUUUUAAAACCUCUUCAUAAUUGUAUCUAAUUCUUUAUGUAAUUUUCUUAUUGGUUCCUGUUAUCUUUUGCUUGUGUUUCUAACCCAUAAAGUUCAUACAUGUAAGAAGGCGAUUUCAAUGUGGCCAUCAUGACAUUGUCUGGACACGAGUUUGUCCCGGCCAUCCUCACUUUCUCUGCAUCGGCCCUGCGCUUCCCCAGAUGGGUGCUUGUGUGGCUCUGCAGGAGGCCUGCUCUCCCAGGCCCGGCAGCACGUCUUCCCUUCCGACAGGUCUGUGCACCUGUGUACCCGAGAGAUGGAUAGUUUAGGGCAGUGGUCGGCAAACUCAUUAGUCAACAGAGCUGCAAACCGCAUGUGGCUCGUGAGCCACAGUUUGCCGACCACUGGUUUAGGGGAAUCUAAUAAAGAAAAACUUAAAAGGAGGCAUGAUUUACCAAUUUUUUUGAUAUGACCUUUUUAUGGGGGGAGGAAAUUAUUUUUUAAAGCCAAUUUUUAUUUUAAACAUGGUUUAUAUUUAGUUUUUCAUUUACAUACAAUACUGUACAUGUUUUCCAGUUUGUAUGUAAAGGGUUUCACCAUUCAGAGAUGUACUUACUGGUCCUGAUACUUUUAUUUCUAGAUGCUGUAUUUAUUAUGUAAACCAAGGAGUGCCGGUUAAGUGUUGGAAUUGCCUGAGGAAGUUUUGUUUCUCUGAGGGUUAACACAAAUGGCACAGCUUGGAUUUUUCUUAGUGUGAUUUCCAAAAUAAAUCUUUUACUAAGGUAGUUAUAUGAUUUUCUAAGCUGAGUAAGUUCAAGAUCAGAUUACCAAGAUCUGCCAUUUAGAAACACUGGUCUUUUUCUCCUUUCUAAAGUGCACCGUAAAGUUCUGUUUGAUCUGAUUAUACUAAAUAGUUUAUUGGAGGUGGGGAGGCAUUCUAGCUACUAGUCCUUCAUAUACGUACAAUUUGUUUUCUACUGAAUUGAAUGGCUUAGCCACAAUCCCGAAUGGCCCUAUUUGGCUUCAAGUUAAGAUGUCUGCCCUUUAUGAAUUUGUAUAUAUGACUAGAAUUUUUGUUGCAAAAAAUUACAUACAUUGUAUGUGGGUAAAAUUUUGUAUGAAGUAGUCUUUCAAAUUGUACCAUAAAAUUUAUUUUUUCUUUUAUACAUAAAUCAUUAAAAAUAAUCAUAUUUUUUCUAUAAGUGUAUGGGUUGUGCAAUUCAGUUCAUACCUGGAAGAAAUUUACAAGCAUUUUUAUUUUUAAAAUUUUUGAAUGUCCUUUUUUUCUUUGAAGAAAGUUCAGGGAAAUGCACCUUUUCAUUCAUAUUGUGACAUUUGCUUCUUUUCUGUAUAAAUUGAAGUUUUAUAAGACAAAUAAGCAUUUAUCAAAUUUUAGGAUCAUUCAUGAAGCUUUAGGAAGUCUCUGAUUAUAACUGUGUCUUUUGGAUGAGUUAAAUCCUGGUGUUACUUACUAUUUUGAUAAACUACACAAAUGGGAUUAUUAAAUGUUUUCUCUACUUUGGUUUAUAAGUUUUCAGGAA